AUGAACGAACUCGAAAACAAGGAUUCUUCCGACUGGGCUUUGAAGCCCAAGGUGGCCGCUUUCAAGGAACGCGACAGAUCAUCUGGAUUCCCCGACCGAGAACUUGGAGUCACUUGGCAAAAACUCAACGUCGAAGUCGUCACGGCCGAUGCCGCCAUUCACGAGAACGUCGUCUCCCAGUUCAACAUCCCGAAGCUUGUCAAAGAGUCCCGACACAAGCCGCCUUUGAAGACCAUCCUCGACAACAGCCAUGGAUGUGUCAAGCCUGGAGAGAUGCUCCUCGUUCUUGGUCGACCUGGCUCUGGAUGUACAACCCUUCUUAACAUGAUUGCCAACCACCGACGAGGUUAUGCCUCUGUUUCUGGUGAUGUUCAUUACGGAUCCAUGACAGCUGAGGAGGCCAAGACCUACAGAGGCCAGAUCGUGAUGAACACAGAGGAGGAGCUGUUCUUCCCGUCCCUUACUGUUGGACAAACAAUGGAUUUCGCGACCCGGCUCAAGGUACCCUUCCAGCUCCCCGACGGAGUGACAUCCGCCGAGGAGAUGAGGGUUGAGACACGCGACUUCCUUCUUCAAUCCAUGGGCAUUGAGCACACCCACGACACCAAGGUCGGUAACGCCUUCAUCCGAGGUGUUUCUGGUGGUGAACGUAAGCGAGUUUCCAUCAUCGAGACCUUGACCACUCGGGGUUCGGUGUUUUGCUGGGAUAACUCUACCCGCGGUCUGGAUGCUAGCACAGCUCUUGAGUACACCAAGGCUAUCCGAGCGAUGACUGACGUCCUCGGUCUGGCUUCCAUCGUCACCCUCUACCAAGCUGGUAACGGUAUCUAUGACUUGUUUGACAAGGUCUUGGUCUUGGAUGAAGGAAAGGAGGUCUACUAUGGCCCUCUGAAGGAGGCUCGACCUUUCAUGGAGAGCAUGGGUUUCAUCUGCCAGCAUGGUGCCAACGUCGCUGACUACCUCACUGGUGUCACUGUCCCAACCGAGCGAGAUGUUCGCCCCGAGUUUGAGAACCGGUUCCCACGAAACGCAGACAUGCUUCGGGUCGAGUACGAAAAGUCACCCAUCUAUGAGCGCAUGAUUGCCGAGUAUGACUACCCAACAACAGAUGCCGCCAAAGAGAGGACAAGACUAUUCAAGGAGGGUGUUCGCCAAGAGAAGGAUAAGAAGCUGGGCGACAAGGAUCCCAUGACCGUUGGCUUCGUCCAGCAGGUCAAGGCUUGUGUCCAGCGCCAGUAUCAGAUCCUUCUUGGAGACAAGGCCACCUUCAUCAUCAAGCAGGUGUCUACCAUCAUCCAAGCCCUCAUCGCCGGUUCUCUGUUCUACAACGCCCCCAACACUUCUGGUGGUCUGUUCAUCAAGUCUGGUGCCUGUUUCUUCGCCAUCCUGUUCAACUCUCUCCUGUCCAUGUCUGAAGUUACCGACUCCUUUACUGGUCGUCCGGUACUUCUCAAGCACAAGUCGUUUGCCUUUUUCCAUCCCGCUGCCUUCUGUAUCGCCCAGAUCACGGCUGAUAUCCCGGUUAUUCUGUUCCAAGUCUCGACGUUUUCCAUCAUCCUGUACUUUAUGGUUGGCCUGACGUCGACUGCUGGAGCCUUCUUUACAUUCUGGGUUAUCUUGGUUGCCAUCACCAUGUGUGUGACUGCUCUUUUCAGAGCUGUUGGUGCCGGAUUCAGCACCUUUGAUGGUGCCUCUAAGGUUUCCGGUCUCCUCAUCUCGGCAACCAUCAUCUACUCCGGUUAUAUGAUUCAGAAACCCCAGAUGCACCCUUGGUUUGUCUGGAUCUUCUGGAUCAACCCCAUGGCCUAUGGCUUUGAUGCACUCCUUUCCAAUGAGUUCCACGACAAGAUCAUUCCUUGUGUCGGACCCAACCUUGUUCCCAGCGGACCUAGCUUCAACAACGCCGACCACCAGGCCUGUGCUGGCGUGGGCGGAGCACGACCCGGCCAGAACUUUGUUACCGGCGAUGACUACUUGGCAUCUCUAUCAUAUGGUCACUCUCACCUGUGGAGGAACUUUGGCAUUGUCUGGGCUUGGUGGGCUCUCUUUGUUGCCCUCACAGUCAUCGCGACCUCGAAGUGGCAUAACGCUUCCGAGGAUGGCCCCAGUCUGCUCAUUCCCCGAGAGAAUGCCCAUGUCACCGCUGCGCUCCGCCAGACCGAUGAGGAGGGUCAAGUCAGUGAGAAGAAGGCUGUGAGCAACCGAGAGGGUGGUGUCACCGAGGAUGCAGACAGCAACUCGGAUCGAGAGGGUCUUGUUCGCAACACCUCUGUCUUUACAUGGAAGAACCUCACAUACGUCGUCAAAACACCCUCUGGAGACCGCACUUUGCUGGAUAAUGUUCAAGGUUGGGUCAAGCCCGGCAUGCUGGGCGCCCUGAUGGGAGCCUCUGGAGCUGGAAAGACUACCCUUCUGGACGUUCUGGCUCAACGCAAGACUGAGGGAACCAUUCACGGCUCCAUCAUGGUUGACGGCCGACCCCUGCCUGUUUCCUUCCAACGAUCUGCCGGCUAUUGUGAACAACUGGAUGUCCACGAACCCUUUGCUACUGUUCGCGAGGCUCUCGAGUUCUCUGCCCUCCUGCGACAAAGCCGUGACACGCCCCGCGAGGAGAAGCUCAAGUACGUGGAUACCAUCAUUGACCUUCUGGAACUCCACGAUCUUGCGGAUACCCUUAUCGGCGAGGUUGGUGCUGGCCUGAGUGUCGAGCAGCGCAAGCGUGUCACCAUUGGUGUCGAACUGGUUUCCAAGCCUAGCAUUCUUAUCUUCCUCGAUGAGCCUACUUCUGGUCUUGAUGGCCAGUCUGCUUACAACACUGUCCGUUUCUUGCGCAAGCUGGCUGGCGUUGGCCAAGCUGUUCUCGUCACCAUCCACCAGCCUUCCGCCCAGCUCUUUGCCCAGUUUGAUACCCUCCUUCUGCUUGCCAAGGGUGGUAAGACUGUCUACUUUGGCGAUAUUGGUGACCAUGCCAAGACGGUUCGAGAGUACUUUGGCCGCUACGGAGCUCCUUGCCCCCAGGAUGUCAACCCUGCUGAGCAUAUGAUUGAUGUCGUCUCUGGACACUUGUCCCAAGGCAAAGACUGGAACCAGGUCUGGCUGUCUUCUCCUGAGCACGAGGCUGUCGAAAAGGAACUUGACCACAUCAUCUCGGACGCCGCUUCCAAACCCCCUGGAACUGUUGACGACGGAAACGAGUUCGCUACCAGUCUAUUGGAGCAGAUCAGGCUUGUUUCCCAGCGCAUGAACCUGUCUCUGUACCGCAACACCGACUACAUCAACAACAAGAUUCUUCUGCACAUCACUUCGGCUCUGUUCAACGGUUUCACUUUCUGGAACAUUGGAUCUUCCGUUGGUGAGCUUCAGCUCAAGCUAUUUACCGUUUUCAACUUUAUCUUCGUCGCUCCUGGUGUCAUGGCCCAACUUCAGCCUCUGUUCAUCCAUCGACGCGACAUCUUUGAGACGCGAGAGAAGAAGUCCAAGAUGUACUCGUGGAUUGCCUUUGUUACGGGCUUGAUCGUUUCUGAAGUCCCCUACCUCGUGCUUUGCGCCGUUUUCUACUAUGUCUGCUGGUACUACACUGUUGGCUUCCCGAAUGAUUCUUCCCGCGCUGGAUCAACCUUUUUCGUCAUGCUCAUGUAUGAGUUUGUCUACACUGGUAUCGGCCAGUUUGUCGCCGCCUACGCGCCUAACGAGGUUUUCGCUUCUUUGGUCAACCCCCUCAUCCUGGGUAUCCUUGUCUCUUUCUGUGGUGUGCUGGUGCCUUAUCAGCAGAUUCAGGUAUUCUGGCGAUACUGGAUUUACUGGCUCAACCCCUUCAACUACCUUAUGGGCAGCAUGCUUGUCUUUGACAUCUGGGGCAGCGACAUCAAGUGCUCUGACAAGGAGUUUGCUCGCUUCGACCCUCCCAACGGCACAACCUGCGGCGAGUAUCUGGAGGAUUACCUCGGCCAGGGCCUGGGUAUGAUCAGCAACCUCGUCAACCCGGACGCGACGUCCGAGUGCAAGGUGUGCUCUUACACCAAGGGCGAGGACUACCUCCGAACCCUUAACCUGAAGGAGUACUACUAUGGCUGGCGGGAUGCGGCCAUUGUUGUCAUCUUUGCUCUCAGCUCGUACGCUUUGGUGUACGUUCUGAUGAAGCUCCGUACAAAGACCUCUAAGAAGGCUGAGUAAAGGGAACCUACUAGGCCCUAAAUAACAUAAUUUUCGUUCAUAGAAGGAUAGACUAGACAUUAGACUGGGUUCCGUC